AUGCAACAACAUCAGCGAUGUGUCGAUAGACGACGAGCUGGACUUAUGAACAGUAAUAAUAAAACAAAAUAUGAUGAUUUUUAUACAAAAUUAGAACGUAUUCGUUUAUCUACUGCAGCUUCAUCUUCAAAACAGUAUCCAAGACGUACAGCAACAGAAUUACUUGAUGAAACAAAAGUAUAUUUUGUUAAAAGUCAAGAAGUUCUACAUAAUCGACAAACACUUUCAAAUAAUCAACGAAUAAAAUCAACAUUUCGAACAGCACAAUUACAUCGUUCGCCUUAUCAAGAAUAUGAACAAGAUCGAUUUCGAUUAGAUCUUCCAUUACAAUCAUCGACAUCUUCAAUAACAAAUAUUUCCGAUUAUGGUGCAUUCGAAAGUGUUAGUGUAUUAUCUCUAUCUGAUCAAACAACACUUGAUAGUAUAAAUAGUCCAACACAUAAAAAACGAACAAUUGUUCCAUCAUCAAUAACUGUUAUUGAACGUAAUGCAAGAAUAAUUAAAUGGCUUUUUCAAUUACAUAAAGCUAAUGAAUUACUUUCAUUUUAA